AUGGGAAAUAACAAGUCGAGAAUGACAUCGGUAAGGAAAUGUUUAGUUUCGAAAUAGUACGUUAAAGUAUGAAAGUUUGGUCUUGAUUUGAGAAUUUCGUGAUUGAUUACAAGCAGGCAACGGCUUUCUCUUGGUUCUCGGGGGCUUUAGACAGAGGUCACAGAAAUUAAUUUGCAUCAUGUGUUUUGUACAUUGAAGAAAUCUUUUACUAAGAAUUGACAAUUCCUCGGGCUCUUAUAUACCUAGCUAUAGCAAAAGAUUUUUGAAAAAACUAGAUAUAUUUAUAGUCUGUUCAAAUUGUAACUUAGCUCCAGUCAGUCAUAGUCAAACCUUGAAAAUGACAGUAGUAGUAGCCUGACAUAUUUUCUUUACUAUUUGGGUCGCUGUCGAGUAAUCCAAGCGAAUCCGCAAUAGGAUGAAGACAGGAAAUCUUGUGGACCCUGCACAAACCGUCGACUUGAUAGCAAAGAAUCAUAUGAUCGAAAGAAGAUUUAGAAAAUUUUGAAAUACCUCGUGAUUGCUAACUAGCUCUUAUAAAAUUUUUUAAGAUGGAGAUUAAAAAAUUAAUUAGUUGUGAUUGCGAAGGUGUUGACAAUACGCCGCUCAAUCUGAAGGCACACUGCACUGAGAUGAUUGCAGCCAAGCCAAAUUGAAAUAUCAUCUCCAAAUGAUAAACGGAGGAAGCAAACUGGCUAAAAUAUAUCCUGCUAGUAUAGUUUUUAGGUGAAAACUGCCAAUUUUUGAUUGCAGAGGGCCUGAAAAUGGGUGUAGAAAAUGGUGUUUUGAAAUACGUAUUACAUCGUGACUGAUAUCCACAACAGACUUGGGGUUGGGGAGGUUUUCCUUGGAAUUCGAGGUAAGGUCAUACCGCCCAGUUCUUAAAUACUGACCCUAAGGAUGAUGACAAUGAUGAUAGCGAUAUAGUGCUUCCUUUUGGAUCACAUACAAUGAUAUUCCAUUUACUUUGCUUUUAAGGAUUACCCAAGUAACAUGAUCUUCCACGUUAAGAAGAUUUCGUCGACGUUCCUUGGAAGAGAGAUCACCAAACGAUGUGGAAACGAAGGACAGCAUAACGAUCUCGAGGAAAAGGACAAAACAACCUUGAAAUUUUUGCAAGCUGCCAUCUCGUAUAUCUCAGUGGCAACCAACAUGGGAGCAGAUCUUUCAAAUGCUGCAUUCAUUUUUUCACAACCAGGAAAAGAGUUUGUUAUUCAGGCUGGAAAUGGUGACUGGGAGUUCUUUUUUUCAGAAGAUCUAAAAAACAUAAUUCAUGGCCACUGUGUUCGUAAGGCUUCCCGAGGUUUCUGGAAGAGCUGCUCUUCCAGAAACAGAACAGCCAAUCGAGACAGUAGAGCAGCACCAGAACGAAUAAAUGGUUUGCUGGCCCUGCCGUCUGCUGCCUAGAAAAAUCUCUUUCCUGCCACAUCUCGACGGAGAAAUAGAUGAAAAUAAGGAAAUAGACAGAUUUUGUUACCAGUUUGAUACUAUGGGUGACAAAUAACUCCAUAAUCUAUCAGAUAAUUUGAGUUUGUUACGUAUCAAAAUUUAUUUGAUUUUAUCCCGUUGUGAGACAUAUAUCCAUAGCCUUUGGCUGGUAAUCUUUCGCCUUUCCCAUGAAAGGUGUAUUAAUUUGAUUCACAAGUAAUACCUUGCCAAGUCAACAAAAUUUGAGAGUAGACUUAAUUAAACUUAACAUAUUUGAUAGAGAGCAAAUGACCAAGGCAAUAAAUGGCUUUUUACCGAUAAAUCAAGAAGUUUAAAACUUUUCUUUAAACGUGUAUCUAUCUAUUCGAUUCUGGGAGCACUCUGACUCUUCAAGAUAAUAAACAAUUUUCCAGUCCAAAACCUAACGGCCAGAAGUCUUACUCGUCACCUGUGAUAUUCAUAUGUAAUCCAGUAAUAUGCUCGUUAAAUUAGGGAAUAAUUUGACGCGGGUGCGUCCAAAUUCGUAAAACUUCUUUCGCCAUGAUGCGUAGUUUCACCAAACACUCCACCACCGUUUGAUUAAUAUGUGCACCUUUUUUUUUCUGAGUCUCUAUCACAGUUACUUUGCGUUUCUUGAUAUACCAAAGUUAAAAUCAAAAACACAGUGUCAAAAGAACAGAAGGUAACAAAGGAUAGGAAAUCAACUAAAACGAUUUUUUGUUUUGAAUUCCAUACAAUUCUUAUGAAGCUAACUCCGAGAAUUUGGUAUUGAAUAAACUAAUAUAUAUUUUUCCUCAUCAUUCUACUGUUUGAUAUUGCAUUAAUUUAGUAAGGAG